AUGUGUCUCCACAUCGACAGUAGCCGUCGACAGCAACCCUUUCUUCCAAAAUCGAUAACAACUCUUCGGACGACAUUUUCCAGCGAAAGCAGAUGGAUCGACAGUUGUCCCUCAUUUUCGUCGAUGGAUACAGCUCCCGGAAUUCAAAAUGUGCAAAUAGGCGUAAAUGGAACUGAAAUGGCGAAGAUCCAUUCCGCGGAGGAGAUAGGUCACUCCGUAGAGGGACUUCGCGGACCUAACAAUCAGUCUGUUAUUGUCGUGGUAAAUGAGACAGAGAUCAUGGAGACGUUUUAUAUUUGCUAUGUUAAUUGGACUCUUAAACAUGUAGAAUCUCCCGCACGAGAACAUAUUCCACCACCUAUUGUUGCCUCACCUCCUCGAAGAAAGAAGUACAAGUCCGAAACAUCUUCGUCUAAAACGGCCACAAGUGCUUCUACCUCGCAAACGCCUCACGUAGAAAGAAGUCAUAUGUCAAGACACACAUCAACAAGUGUAUUACAGAAAAAAGAUAAACCACAUGCAGGGUUUAGUGGGGAGGAAAUGGUUUCAUUCCCCAUAAACGUUAUUAGUGUCCAUUGGUUUUUGGCAGUGCUAGAUUUACAAAUGUGGAUAGUAACCAUUUAUGAUUCAGCACAAUCUAUGAAUUUAUUCGGUAAGUACAACAUUGGUGGAGAAUUCGAAAGUUUUGGGAAUAGUAUUAUCUCAGAGCUAGACUUGAUUGAGUGCUGGAAUUAUUUCCCUGAUAGACAUAGAGACACUGCAAUUAUGAAAUUUCUUCAAGCUAUAGACGUGUCGCAGCAGCAACACAUCAAAGGUGGAGAGGAUUGUGGUGUUUUCGUAUUCAUUUAUGGAAAUGAUUGUUUUGGGGGUACCGGUGAAGAUUAA